AUGUUGAGCUCUGUGUACGCUGUUAUGGACGGUCUCAAGCUUCGUUUGCAGGCCUCAGGUCACUCUGAAAUUCAGAACAUGUUCGACAACGGCUGGACGCAUGACCACUACGUCAGCAAUGUGUUCGCAUUCUCGCCUGAAGGACUCAUCAUUGCGUGUGCGCUCAAUGCACCUGGGUGUAUGUAUGAUUCUCCAAUUGCGGAGUGGGGGAAUGUGUAUGCCAAGCUCGAACGAUUCCACCAAUCUACGGGAGGACAUGUCGUAGUUGACUCUGCAUUUUCUAAAGGAACGUAUGACUUCCUGCUGAAGAGGGGAGAGAACGCUGCUUUGCUAACCGCUAUUGACAGAGAGGUGACAGCACUACGCCAGUCAGCCGAGUGGGGAAUGCGAGCUCUUCAAGCUGCUUUUCCUCGUUUAAAAUAUAGACUGAAGUACGAGGAGAGAGGAGAGCAGAAGUGCAUCUUGCUCUCAAUAGUGCUGUUGUUUAAUCUUCUCACACGUCUAGUUGGAUUGAAUCAGAUUUUAUCCACUUUCUACAGUAGUAGUAUCGGCCGAACAGCUAACGAUCUCUUCUGUAACUAG